AUGGCAUUUCCCCAGGUGUCACCGGCUGUGAAGCUCACCGCAACUCUAAGUUACGUCCCAGACAAGAAGUGCAGUUUUGCAAAUGAGGAAACAGGCUCAGGGCACCCGGCAUCACUGAGUGAGCAGAAGAGCCUGGAACAGGAGACCUUUGUCCUCCUUGCACAGAGUCCUGGCCACACCCCCACCCAGAUGGUUCGGGGGAGACAGAACCUUUGGGCCCCGCACCUCUCCGAGCUGCAGCGACACCCUGGUCCCUCCCGGGCCCCGCAGCUGCAGGCCUACACACCCUGUACACCCAACCCGUCCCCGCCACGGAGCACUGCCCGGUCCCCCUCGGGCCCCUCGACCCCGCCCCCGCGGCCCCCGGCAGGGCCCCAAUACCCACCCGGGUCCCACAGCGGGGGCCGGAUUCGCGCCGGCCCCGGGAGCCGCCGCCGCCGUCACUGCUGCCGCUGCCACCCGGCCCCCAGCCCGCCCCCGGCACGCCCCCGGCCCGCGUUCCGCACUGUCCCGGUCGCCUUCGGCCCUCUGGCCUCUGGCCCCCGGCCCCCGGCCGCCCCAAUUCCGGGCCUCGCCGCCCGCUGGGGUACCCGGCCCACGACUCUUCCCACAACGAACCCCGUGGAGCGGGUGCCGGGUCCCCCAGGUCUGGAGAUGGAUGGGCGAGCACCAGGCUGGGGUCCCCGGCCCCCGAAGGUGCAGCCGACUCUGAGGCCCCUGGUGACCUCACCUCCGCCUGCGUCCCCCGGGACAGUUAGCAGUCCCGGGUCCCCGGGGGCCCCGUAA